CUCACCUAAGCAAAACAGGUAGUAGUAAUUAUCAAUGUCAUCUUUCUCACAACACAAUAUGCACGUGGUACACAUGACCACUCACUUUACUCCUGCUGUACUAUUAUUAUUAACUCCACCGCCACCUCACGUGCGUGUCCCCACGCUCUUACGGCCUACUUAUGUCGCAAACUCCGUCACUCUUCCUCGUUCAUUCCGCUUCUCUUCUUUUCCUCGCCGGAAUUACUUUUUCCGGCCAAAUUUCACCAUGCCUUCAGCCUUCACCGCCGUAGAUUCCGCCGGCGAUGACGGCGAACUGAAUCUUCCUGUGGAACUUUCCGAUGACUCUGAUUUUGAUCGAAUUGUAUCAUCCGAUGGAUUAAUCUCUGUUUGCGGAUUUGGUUCUCUCCUAUCAGAAAGGAGUGCUCGGAGUACAUUUCCAGAUCUGAUCAACUUCAGAGUAGGGAAAUUGAGUGGAUUUCGGAGAGUUUUUGCUCAUUCAGCGCCUAUUUUCUUCGAGCGUGGGAUAGCUAAACCUGAAACCAAGGAAAUAUCAAGCUUGAGUGUGGAGCCCUGUGAAGGGGAAAGUCUUAUAGUUACUAUCUUUGAAAUUCAAAGAUCAGAGAUCCCAGCAUUUAUUGAAAGGGAGCACGAGUUUCGGUUUUUAGCUGUAAUCCCAGAAACAUUAAAUGGAUUGUUUUACAUCAAUCCAGCAAUAAUUUGUGCCCGUUAUAGUGAUGAGGAGUAUCUGAAAACUAGAUGCAGAGGUGAUAAAGACAUCUUCUUCCAGCGGUAUGGACGAUAUAAUAUUGACAAGAUUUGGCGAGAUGAUUUAUUACCCUGCCGGGUCUAUCUCCGUCAUUGUGUUCUGGCAGCUCAGAAUCUUGGUGAUCUUGCCUACGAUAAUUUUCUUGAUCAUACCUUCCUUGGCGACCGUAGAACAACAAUACGCGAGUACUUCUCAACAACUGGUUCUGGAAUCAUGGAAGAGGAGCCUCCCGACUUGUUAAAAGAACGAUAUGGCGGUUAAGUUGAAUGGUGAAUGACAUUGUCGAUUGAUAGUUAUUUUAUUAGAUGUCAAUAAUUGACACUAAAUUGAGAGGUUUUUAAGCAACUUUGCUCACUAACUCCAUAUUAGGUAUGAGCAACUGUAAGUACAUCAGAAACGUAUGUGAUUGGCAUCACAAGUAGACUGCAUAUCAUAUGUUGAAGAAACUUUUGACUUGUCUACAAAACUGUACUGUAAAAGCAGUAAUGCGAUUAGACUGGUAGAUGUGAGGUUGUUUC